AUGGAGAAGACGAGGUGGGGCUGCUCUCCAGUCAUUGGUUUCUUUUUAGACCUAAAACGUUCUUUAGAAGAAGAGGAAGAAGACGACUUGGACUUGAUAAUCCUCCCCGAUCCGACUGAAUCUCCUCCUCUCGAACAAGACAGAGAAGGCCAGGCAGGAUCAAAGAAAAGGAAGAGAAACAGGACUGUCUACUCCACAGAUCAACUUAAACAGCUUGAGGACUCCUUCAAAGCCAAUCCAUAUCCAGACAAACUCAUGAGGGACAAUCUGGCAGAAGAGCUGGACAUGAGUGAGAAGAAAGUUAAUAACUGGUUUCAGAACAGGAGAGUGAAACUCAAGAAGCAUUCUCAAUCAACAGCUAGCAGUGCCCCAGCCUCUUCUACAGUAACUGCUAAUCCUAACUACAGCAGUACAACAACUGAUACCAUGAUGGUCACACCGGCACCAAUGCAGCGACCUCAUCCAAUCCAGUUUCCUAACAUCAGUCAUCCAUACUCCUCUCCAGUAGGAGUUACAUUUGCAAUGCCGCCCCGUCCAAAGACUGCAGGUGUUUCCCCUAUACAGUUCCUAUCACAUCCUUCAGCUUGGUCUCCCUAUACUCCAUCAGCAACUCCUACUGCUCCUCCUCCAAUACCUUACUAUCCCAAUGGGGCACCAUUCAUGUCUCCUGCAACUUUUGUUCCUGCAGUCACGAUGGCAACGACGCCAGUUCCUUAUCAGUUCUUUGCUCCAACCACGCCAACAAUGAGCAAUGCUGCUGCUCUCCCUAUAAUGGAGCUCACUCCUCCUCCAAGUGUGACCAUGGCCUCAGUCCAAGGAUCUCAUUUUACCUAUAGCUAUUAGUUGAUAGAAGAGACAUACAAACAAUGUGAACUAUGUGAAAGUUUUAUUUCACGUACAGAU